AUGGUCAACUCCGCGUUUAGCGUGGUCAAGCGCACUUGUCUCACCUCAUUGCGGUUGUUUUGCCCACGCCCACGCCUGCGCAACGCACCACACAUAUCGCAAGCCUCUGAACGUGGCCGCGCCCCGACUGCCUCCUCCACCGCACACCGCACACCGCACACCGCACACCGCACACCGCACACCGCACACCGCAGCCUCCCGCAGGCAUCUCCCAUCUCAGCCCCAAACCGCCUCCUUUCCGCGGGCCUCGCGCGACAACGGUACGGCCUGAAUGCUGCAGCGAAUCCCGACUUCCGCCAUACCUCUUCCGUUAUUGGGCCACGGCGCGGUAGCAGGCUCAAUGACCCGCCUUACAUGGCACGUUUUGGAGCGCAUAUGGCCAGGGACAUACCGAUAAAUGCGAGAUCCAAGCACAUCUCGCCGCCGCGCCACGAUGCUGCUUCUGUGCUGCCACACGCACCCGACACCGAUGCCGAUGCCGACGCUGCAGCAUCACUGGGCGACGAACAACGUGUGUUAGGGACAGCAGCACAACUCUCCAACUUUCCUCAGCCCAAGAGCCCACAGCGUCCGAAACCCUCGCAUCCUCACCGUCGCUCGUCCGCCGCAGCCAGAGCAGCUUCUCACAUUCAACAUGCUGUCCGGCCUCAACUAUGUGAGAGAGACUCCAUUUUCGCAACCCACUAUUCCGCCAGUCCUGUAGCCUCCAACUCUCCCGAACGGGCAGGAGCCCUCGGUCAAGGCAAGACCAGGCCAUUAUCAGCAGGAAGGACCGACUCAGACUCUUCAAUGGCAGUCUCCACCAUGCGGAGCAGCUCUGUCGACCUUUCUUCUGCCCUGCGGAAGCAUGUUCCUCCAUAUACCUCGCCGUCAUUCUACAAUCAGUCUUUACCACAAGGCAUGCCAAAUCGCAGGCCAAGGAUCAACAGGGACCACCCACCGCCGCAACAUCAACGUCGAUCACUGUACGACCUACAUGACCUCAUACCGCUCGCUCCUCCAACUUCCGAGCGGACAGAUUCACCCCAGCAAGACGAGUACUCGCCAUCUAUCCCCAGCUCGGACCCAACGAGCCCCGAGUAUGACUCAGCUCUUAGCGCCGAACGACAAUUAUAUCGCUCGUGGAGGGAAGGGAAGGCGAAGAUGAACGGCAUGACCAUUGCCGAGUCGCAGCGCAAGCCCAGUCGCGUCAAGGGAAUGGAUGUUGAUAAAAUUAUUGAUGCUCAGCUUCCACCGCCUGAACCAUCAGCGAAUGCCCGCAGCCGUAAAGCGAGCCAUUAUCUGGGUCUCUUCAAGGAGAAUGAUCAAGAAGAGAAGAGGGAAGUGGAACGCAAGAAAGCUGCUAGAAGCAAGGAUGCUUCCAAAUCUGAAUUAUCGAGACACCUGGAAGCGCAAACAAUCAGCGAAUCUCAUGGAGAGCAAACAAUAGACGAGGAUGUGGAGGCACUUGAGGGUGGAAAUCACCUCCCUGUCUCUAGAGAUGACAUGGCAAAGAAGCUACCUCUUGAACUUCUGGAAGAUAUCCGCAAUCAUCAUCAUCUACAACCAGGCACUCCUCGAAAGAAUCUCUCGGGUCAGAAUCACGAUCGGCGGAUGCACGAGCAGCUUCGCAAGAUUGUUGGGCAAGACGAUGAGGAAGAAUCAGAUCGUGAGCACAUCUCUUCGGCCACCUACUAUCCGCACCAAGCUGUCACCCUCGGCGAUAGUCCCAUCGAGGAUCAGAUCGUGGAGCGAAAGGCCAAAGACCAGUCAGAUGUGUCGACAAAUAAGCAGGACAACCAAUGCGCCAACGACGUCCAGGUGUCUUUACAAGGUGAAGGUGCUGCAGAGUACCUGUCGGGCAUGUCACGAGCCACAUCCGAGUACGACUUCAAGCAAUUGCCGCAAGCGAUCAACACUACUGAGCUCGUCUCUGACUCCGAAUACGACAUUGAGCCUACCGAGGGUGAAGCAUACGGGUCGAGCGCGUCGAUAUCUGGCGAAGAGGAAGACGAUGAAGCCCUGCAAAUUACACCCACCGCCACUCCUCUCGUCAAGGCGCAACCUGACAGGCGGUCAUCCUUCAGAAAGCAUGCACAACAUGCACCUGCGCCCAUCGGAGCAGUGGAGCUUAAGCCUUACAAGCAUCAAGUUGGAGGUCACACUUCCAUUUACAGGUUUUCUCGGCGUGCUGUGUGCAAGCAACUUAACAGCAAAGAAAACAGGUUCUACGAGACCGUCGAAAAGUCUCACCCUGAACUUCUCGGCUUCAUGCCACGUUACAUUGGUGUUCUCAACGUAACUUACCGUAAAGACCAAAAGCGCCGAAAACAUGCACCGUCUGAAGAGGGUAAAGUGCCCUCGGCUGGUAGUGACGGUAAGACUGACGACCUUAAGCCAUCGAACGAGGAAGCCAAGCCUGCGCACAUCGACCAAGCUCGUGUCAUCAGCCGCUCCAUGCAGUCACAGGCUCCUGGCAUUCCUCAAGUCAUCUUGGCCAACAACAGACACCUCAUCCCAGACAAUUUGUUUAAGAUGCCUCGGUCUAGGACGCCGAGUCCGGAACUGAACAGGACCAUGUCAUCACCAGACCGGCCUGAAUCUCACAGCGAUGGCGACAAACCGCUUCGCCGUCCAUCGUUGAAGUCAGCUAGCAGCUGGGGAUUCACAUCAGUCAAUGGCCAGCUACGAGAUCAUGUCCUGCGAGAAGUUUUUGCACCCCCGGUCAUUCAUAAGCACCGCCACGGUUCCCGCACAUACCAAGCUCGCUCGGUUCGAAAGGUGCCGAAGCCCAUGCAGGACGACCCGGGUCACACACUACGUCAAAACUCGGUUGACAUCUCAUCGCUGCAGCGCAAUGCCGAAGUCUCUCGUACUAAACGCGAGGGAUUAGCAAAGGGUCCAUUGUCGCGGCGAAAUCUCACUAAUGGUGAUCGCUCUGCAUCUGACUUGGAGCAGGUCUUGAAGGAGAGUAGGAAGGCGUUGAGCAAGAGCGCAGAAGUCUCAGAGCAGGACUUGCCAAAACCCGACAGCUCUGGGCGAGCUCAUCGUCGCCGUCAUUCUGGUGGUGGCCUAGUGAGGAAGCCAACAGAUAUCGAGGGUAGUCGCGGCGACUUGGAGUUUCAUGAGAAUGAAUCGUACACUGCUGAUGCCGAGGACGAUGUCUUUGCCAUGGAUGAUCUCAAGAAAGAAUUAUCUGCCAAACACGAUAGCAAGGUGCUUCAGGAUGAGGCAAAGGCAAGUGCGACGAAUACCGAGCCACCGACUCCGGAUGACGACUCCCGCAGCAAUUCAAUGCCACGCCUUGGCCCUGCCAUUGACUUCGGCCCGCCUGAGCCUCGCAAUCCAGAAACAUCGCUCGUGCAACCAAGUGAGCGCGUCGAGCAUUUCCUGCUGCUAGAAGACCUCACUGCUGGCAUGCAGAAGCCGUGCGUGCUCGACUUGAAGAUGGGAACCCGGCAGUACGGCGUGGAAGCAACAGAGAAGAAGCAGCAGUCCCAGCGCAUGAAGUGCAAGAUGACCACUUCCCGUGAGCUCGGCGUCCGUGUGUGUGGCAUGCAGGUCUACAAUGUGCGCGACCAGAAGUACAACUUUGAAGACAAGUACUUUGGACGGGAUCUCAAGGCUGGUGCUGACUUUCAAAAUGCGCUGAAGCGGUUCUUCUUCGACGGCAUCGGCCACGCUUCCGCACUCAAGCACAUACCCACUGUGCUGGAAAGGAUCAACCAACUGGAUCGCAUCAUCCGCAAGUUGCCUGGCUACCGCCUCUAUGCCAGCAGUUUGCUCAUGAUCUACGACCGCGGUGAUGCGGAUAGCAACGGUAAAGUCAAAGAAGACUGGAAUGCUGACGGCAAGCCAGCUCAAUAUUCGGACAUCAAACUCAAGAUCGUGGACUUCGCAAACUGCGUCACGGCUGAGAGCCUUCCAAACGUGCAGCACAAGCCGUGUCCGCCACACAAUCCGGAUCACAUCGACCGUGGCUACCUUCGUGGUUUGCGAAGCUUGAGACUAUACUUUCAGCGGAUCUACCAAGAUCUGCACUAUCAGAAAUACGUGGAGCGAGGCGAGGGAGAGGGCAUGGCCAUCGACUCUAGGAGCGUCAGUGGCGCAACGUCAACUCAGGGUUGGAGCGAGCACGUCAUGGAAGACGACCCGGGGGAAGUCAGUGUUUAA